AUGACUGCUAUUAGAGGUGGUGGGAAGAACGUUUCUGUUGUUAAGAAAAAUGUAGCUAAAGUUGCGCCUCGUAGCUCUCAGGUUACUGUGACUGGCUAUGAUGACAGGAAGAACUCGACAUCAACGUCCGAUAUGACCUCUUUGUUGUGGCCACGCCAAGAUGAAGUAAUGAAGUGA